UGAAGGUGAGAAGGGUGGGGUGUCAGGGGUCUUACACAGCUGACGCCUAACAUUAUCACAGUCAUCCUCACAGCCUUCCAGGACGAGGACGUGCUGACGGCGACGCUGACGCAGUGUGGGAGAUGUCAGAAGUCGACUGAUCGUCUUGGACAACUUAAAACAGUUGUUGUUUCUUGCUGGGUAGUAAAAUAGCGAUGGUAAUUAUGUCAGAGGACGUGAUUUAAAGUUUCGUUAAAAUAACAGGGAAAAAUUACCUGCACCAGAUGAUGUUAUCAACGCUUCGAAGAGUACCCCUGCGGAACCUCCUGCUAGUGUGGGUUACUGUCACUCUUGCUGCCUCUUUGGUGAGUCCUGACCUGAAGAGCACGGCGCCUCGGAUAGGGAUCUCAGGAGGCCUGAAGAGACAGGACAGCACAAACAACUCCAGCAUCUCUAACACCACCACCUUCCUGGCGAGGCUCAACACCGGCCUCCUCGUGCACGCCGAGAAUGCGUCCAGAUCCAAUCUGGUGGAGAGAAUGUUAGCGAACGUGAGUAGUAGCCAACAUCACGGGUUUGUAAUGGAACAAAAAGAGGUAAAUGUGCUCCAAGAAGAACAGGGCAACCUAACUGUAUCUCAGGAACAAGAGAACAGGGUAACAGUAUCCCAGGAACAAUAUGCUGGAGUAUCUGUGUCCCAGAAACACAAUGAUGAGUUAAAUGUAUCAGAAAAAGAUCAAGAUGGGGUAAGUGUGAGCCUAGAACAACAGGACAGUGAAAAUGUGGAAGAGGACGAAGAUGCCAUGAUGUCUAGCGGUGAAGUAUAUAACCAGGUCACUGAGAUGACGUCUCGUGGCAGCUCUCUUAAUGUUAUCGAAACUGUAAACAACGACACUAUUGACGUUGACAGAGAAGCAGUUGACAGCUCCAUGCAAGAAAGCUCAGAAUUCGGCUUACAGCAUUCUACAGUGCGUAUCGUGACAGGAAAGAGAAAUAGUAAUGCCAAGAACCAAGAACCAGAUAGUUCUGUCCUGUUAGGUGAUAAUAUGACUGAUAAAGUAAUUGAAAAGCCCCCUUUAAAUUCUGAAAGGCAAGAAUAUUCCUAUGAAGCUACAACAAACGAUCAAUCAGAACAUCAGUCAGUGUCAGGAUUUAGUAAAUCACUAGAAAAAAAUAUGAGCAAUUCCAGUUCUCCAGAAGUGAUGGCCAACAACACCAACAAACUCGAAGAGGAGAUGCAGGAGAGAGAAAGUUGUUCUCCUGAGGAGUGUGGAGUCAACAGGAGCUCAGAUCAGGUAGUACACAGUCCCGGGGAAAGCAACAGACUUCUUUAUCGAGAGGCACUUGUUGACAGACCCACCACGGAUGUCAGCAUAUUGAUGCCUCCGGCAGAUGCUUAUUUCUACCUCAGCUCUAGUACCCUACAGGACCUGUGGAACAACCAUAUCAAUGCCAUGGAAACACUACCACUGGAGAUAGUGGAGACCUCAGCGAGUGACCUGGUGGAGUAUUACUUACUGCCACCAGACCCCCGGUUUGUUGUGCCUCUCAUGACGAGUUCUUCUUCCGCUCCACGAAAAUUAGAAUUCCCAACUACACCAACUCAAGUCCCUCCUUUGAGAGUUCCAGACCUUCCUUCUUAUGCUCAGAUUCCUCCUCUGUUUGUUCAGCGUCCCACGCUGAACUUUCAGGAACCCUCUCUGAGUGUUGAGGUACCACCCGCUUUGAGCGUUGAGGUACCCCCUUCGAGUGUUCAGGUCCCCCCACUGACCAUUCAACAUCCCCCUCUGAGUAUUCAAGAUCCCCCUCAGAGUUUUCUGGUUCCCCCGCCAAGAAUUCAACUCCCCCCUCUGAACGAUCGGUUUCCUCAAAAGACAGUGCCCUCUCUCACCAUUGCCCCGCCAGUCUUGCCCCUCACUGUCCCGUCAAACAACGUAACUCAGGUGCUCUUUCGGCCUCCUCUGCGUAGCGCCCCCGUCAGCGUGCUACGUGGGUUCCCUAAUUUCGUUUAUCCUACACUACCUGGCGUGUCUCUGGACUCUCGUCCCCUGCCACCCACCGUGCCCUCGGGGUUGAGGAAGGCUCAACCUCACUCCCCAGUUCACUCAAAAACACAGUACAACCUACAGCCACACCAGAUUUCAAGUAGUGAAAUGUCUCCCCAGACGGAAUUUCCCUAUACGAUAAGUUUAUCAAAUUUGCCUCCAGGGAACAUUAAUGGUGAGUUUCCCGUCCAUUUUAUGGUUAAGAAUACAGGCAGCGGGUCAACCCCACAAGUCUUUGGACCCCUGCCAGACCUCAUGAUUCACAGUCAUGAUGGAAAUCAAAAUUCUUUUGCACACAACACAGGAGGGCAUGUAAGGUUUCCAGGUCAAAAUUUUCCCUUUUUGACACAAAGCUUUGAUACUUCAAAUUCAAUUAAUGCUGCCUUAUCUCGGCCGCCAAGGGUGUUGACACACCACAGCGAACGGGAAGAACCUACAACUGGGCAAACAGUACUCCAAGAAGCCGAGGACAAGCAGAUGGUGAUUAGACUCAUCCCCAUGCCAACCUCCGACCCCCCGUCUGGUGGCUCCGUUCAAGGCUACCUUGACAACCAGGGCUACACUGACGUCUUACUGAAAAACGGCCCCAUGAUCAGAAUCAGGCUCAAGGAGGCUUCUGACACAGCCUUACAGACUAGACCACCUCAAGAGACAGCGACGCAAGGCUAUCCAUCUCAGACACUGACUAUUCAAAGCCAACCACCAGAAAACCAGCCUCCCCAAAGUUUUUUCCAUCAAAACCAGUCUUCUGAACCCUUGCCGCCGCCUACAAGCAGCCCUCCUCAAGAGAAAAGGCCCAGUCAGCAUGUGAUUGAGAUGUCGGUGAUUCCUGGGUCGAAUGGCAUCAUGCUACCAGUAGAUCUUCACCCUGCUGAUGAACGUUUCAAUCUACUGGGAUCCACAGGCGCCCCAGGAAGAGGUGUGGGAUCCUCGAGCUAUGCAGGAACAGGUGGGGAAGGAGUGGGCAUAGGAUCUUCAAGCUAUGCAGCAAUAGGUGAAGUAGAAGGAUCCUCAAGCUAUGCAGCAGUGGGUGGAGAAGGAGGAAACAGAGGAUCCUCAAGCUACACAACAGUGGGUGGAGCAGGAGGGAACAGAGGAUCCUCAAGCUAUGCAGCAGUGGGUGGUGCAGAAGGGAACAGAGGAUCCUCAAGCUAUGCAACAGUGGGUGGGGCAGGAGGGGACAUAGGAUCUUCUAGCUACGCAGCAGUGGGUGGAGCAGGAGGGGGUAUAGGAUCAUCUAGCUAUGGAGCAGUGAGUGGAGCAGGAGGGGGCAUAAGAUCUAGCUAUGGAACAGUGGGUGGGACAGGAGGAGGUAUAGGAUCAUCUAGUUACGGUGCAGUGGGUGGGGCAGGAUGGGGUAUAGCAUCAUCUAGCUAUGCAGGAACAGGUGGAGCAGGAAGCGUAGGAUCAUCUAGCCACACGGGAACAAGUGAGAGCAUAGGAUCUUCCAGCUAUGCUACUGGGGGUGCAAAGGGAAGUGUGUUAAAUAAAGGGGGAGCAGGGGGCAUGAGCUACUCCAGCUAUGGAGGAACACGAGCCAAAGGAGGAAAAGGUGGUAAAGGGAGCUUAUUCAGCAAAGGAGGGUUAGGGAGCCUUGCUAACAUCUUCAACAAAGGCAGUUUUGGUGGCAUUAAAGACCUUGGGAAUUUACAGAAUCUCUUCAAUAAAGGGGGGAUAAGUGGGCUCGGAGGUCAAUUCAUGAAAGGUAUAGGCAACAUAGCCGGAAAGUUAACAAGUAGCAUUAAUGCAGUCAACAACAAGCUGCAGACACUCAUGAACCCUAUGCAAACCAAUUUUAAGUCCUCCUAUUCAUCGGCUGUAAACUUUCUUCAGAUGUUCUUCGGCAAUAUUCUACCAACGGACUACUACGAGAAAAUACUCACGGUUCUUGCUAUCAUCGCCUUCCUUGCGUUCAUAACCGUCCGGAUUUCUUUCAUGUUCAAUUCUCUCGCGCAGUCUUCAGUGACAUUUGGUUUACUUGGUAAAACGGAGGAGAUUCUGGCGAAGCUGAAGGAGAAUGAGCAGUUUCAGAUCGCCUAUGAGCUGUUCUCAAAUGUGCAAGAAUCCAUAGAGCGCUGGACAGAAGCUCAGUUUGCUGUACCAGAUGUUACCCUUUCUGACACUUCCCUUGGAGGUUCCAUGUCACAUCUGUUUGGCUUCGGAGAGACGAAACAGGACAGCAUCCCACUGCAAAGUACCUUCUUGCGAAAAACCCUAUAUAUGGUAGACAAGGAAUCUCAACCAGGAGCAUCCCUUAACAAUUCCAGGCAAUCUAGCACAUCCUGGGCUUCCACCAGUGAAACUACUUCCAUAUCCUCCAGCACAUUCCUCCCAACAGUCUCCAACAUUUCUUGGAUCUCACCCACUGUCUCCAACAAUUUCACAACCCGAUCCCCGAGUACAUCUUGGUUCUCACCCACGUUCUCCAACACUCAAAUAAAAGCACCCCCCAGUUCUCUCUGGCUCUCACCUUCCUCCAAUAGUUUCCGUACCCCAGCUUCUCACACCUCCAGUGCUUCCCGUCUCCCAGGCACUCAAGAUGAAGACCCCAACACCGACGGAUUCCUACUGGAGGACGUGGAGGAACUAGCUCGUCUAGGAGCGUCGCUGGUGGAUCUGACUUUGAAAUACGGAGGGCGCCAUUGGCCUCCUACAGGAGCAUCUUGCCUGCAGCGCCAUCUCUGUCAUCUCAACACCUACAGCGACUCACGUGGCGGCCUCACGGCAUUCUUCUUCCCCCUCGUAAGCACUGGUGUGUCAUGGAUGGUUGGGGCUCCUGACGACACCUUCAGCCUCCUGGACACCUUCAGACCACUCUGGCUCCUCAUUGAACCCUUAAACAAUCCACAGCUCAGUGAACCCUUAAACAAUCUGCAGCUCAGUGAACCCUUAAACAAUCCACAGCUCAUUGAACCCUUAAACAAUCCACAGCUCAAUGAACCCUUAAACAAUCUGCAGCUCAGUGAACCCUUAAACAAUCCACAGCUCAUUGAGCCCUUAAACAAUCCACAGCUCAUUGAACCCUUAAACAAUCCACAGCUCAUUGAACCCUUAAAUAAUCCACAGCUCAGUGAACCCUUAAACAAUCCACAGCUCAGUGAACCCUUAAACAAACCACAGCUCAGUGAACCCUUAAACAAUCCACAGCUCAGUGAACCCUUAAACAAUCUGCAGCUCAGUGAACCCUUAAACAAUCCACAGCUCAGUGAACCCUUAAACAAUCUGCAGCUCAGUGAACCCUUAAACAAUCCACAGCUCAUUGAACCCUUAAACAAUCCACAGCUCAUUGAACUCUUAAACAAUCCACAGCUCAUUGAACCCUUAAACAAUCCACAGCUCAGUGAACCCUUAAACAAUCCACAGCUCUUUGAACCUGAACCCUUAAACAAUCCACAGCUUAUUGAACCCUUAAACAAUUCACAGCUCAUUGAACCCUUAAACAAUCCACAGCUCAUUGAACCCUUAAACAAUCCACAGCUCAGUGAACCCUUAAACAAUCCACAGCUCACUGAACCGUUAAACAAUCCACAGCUCAUUGAACCCUUAAACAAUCCACAGCUCAUUGAACCCUUAAACAAUCCACAGCUCAUUGAAGCCUUAAACAAUCCACAGCUCAGUGAACCCUUGAUCUCUCAGGAGUCCAAUGAACCUUUCAUCUACUCGGAGCCUAGUGAACCCUUCAUCUGCUUGGAGCCUAGUGAACCCUCGAGCUACUCGGAUCCUAGUGAGCCCUUCAUCUGCUUGGAGCCUAGUGAACCCUCGAUCUACUGGGAGCCUAGUGAGCCCUUCAUCUGCUUGGAGCCUAGUGAACCCUCCACCUACUUGGAGCCUAAUGAACCUCUGAUCCACCCACAGUCCAUCGAACCCUUGAUCUGCCAUGAUUAUUAUAAUUAUUUUAAUCAGGGUGAAUCAAUAAACACAAGAGUCGUACAGAGCUUGAGGUCUGGGUGGUUCUCAGGUUCGUUCCAAAGAAGGGGAGGAUCAGUUCAGUUCCUUGGAUCAAGAGCUCCUGACCAAUAUCAAAGUCAAGCACACUUCUGA